AGAUUGGGCUAAGAAGACGUACCCAGACCCGGUAAUGUUCUGGAGUUUCCGGCACCAGAUAACCCGACAAACAGCCCUCGACUGUCUGGUCCAGUUCGCUCUAUUCCUCAGCAGUCUCAAACCUGAACACAUCUACAUAACACAGGAGACUGGCACCUUGUCCACUGUACAUUAUCAUAUCCCCAUCAGCAAGGAAACCGGAGAGUUUGUACACGAGCAGCAUAUUCCGUUCCGUCUGACACCGAACAUGAUUACACUGAUGGGUCCAAUAUCUCUCUCGGGUCCGAUGGUAUUCUCCAUGAUAGCUGCCGCAAGGUGUCUUAUCGACCCUAAACUAGGCACGGAGGCGAUACUGGCCGCCAUAUUGAAAGACGAAGUACAAGCUAGUAUCAAAGAUAUGACAGAACCGCGAGUCAUCAGUAUGAUUGAAGAUAUUCAGUCGGCAGUAAACCAGAUAAUGUCACGCCUACAGACGGCAGCGAACUUUGACAAAGCAGAAAGCAAGUUACCCUCCAUUAUAAGUUUGACAACAACCCCCGAGAAUCUGUGCAGACUGGACCCAGCAUGGUAUCCUUGGUUAUAAGAGUUGUGACGUCAUCAAAAUGUCACGUGACGUCAUCAUAAUAACACCUGAUGUCACCAAUUCCAGUGUUCAUGAACCUUCGACGAAGUUUAACUUUGAUUAUAUAUACGGAACACUUCAAACUGAGUUGGGGUAGAUAACAAACCUUCCUGGACGAUUUAUUCUCAUACAUGAGAGACUUAUUUAGUGUUUUCUAAACUUAUUUUUAACAGUUUUACGGUGGCAUUAUAUGUUGGCUCUAUUUUAUAACUGGAGUUACCAAUUUAACUCAGUAUUUUAUCCUGUCUUUAUUGACUUUGCCAAAAUGAUUAACUAGUCGUGCUUAGGCAUUUAAGAACAUUUUGGAAAGAGAAAGGCCUAUAUUAAUCUUAUGGGCCCAGAAAUCAUUGUUCCAUGUUUAUGUUGGCCGUAAAUAACUGCAAGCUUCUUGAAAAGUAAAAUACUGAUCCGGCUCUAGGAAAUAUCAUUUUAUUAUAUUACAAAGUAUUGAUAUUUUUAACUCUUAAAUUAUUAUUAAUAUUGCUUAAAUGAACUGUGAGUGUGAACUGUUACUUUGAUAAUGGCAAAUCAGAUUUAAGCGGAUUUAUUUAGAUUGUUAGGGAUAUUAAAUGUUUAACUUUUAGUCCUACCGUUUGCUCAUAUACUUCAGCUAUUAAAUUACAAUACAUAAAAAGUACCAAUUUAUAAAAUCUUCUGACGAUAUAUCACGAAUUAUACCUUCAACCUUGUCAUAUGAUUGGAUAGUUGUUUAUUCCAGCAGUCGAAGAUAUUUUAAACUGCUUCUUUGUUCUUUGUUCUUUGUUCUUAAUGCUUAGACACUAAAUUUCACUACUCAUCAAGUAUGAGAAGAUAACUUAUAAAAUAGCAUGAAGCUAAAACGGGAAAAGUGACUAUAGUUUCUGUACACGCUGAGCCGAUGUGGGUUUAUUUAGCCGAUGAGGGUUCAUUUAUGAUUAAACCCCCAUGACUUAGUCAUCAUUUUGUAUUAUUACAGUUACUUGAUUACUUCAGUAUGGUGCUGGAUGUACAACAUCUUUCUU